GCGGUUUACAUGGAGUUUCAUAUCAUACAAUGAUAAUUUCUUCUAUAUAGUAUAAUGGCGUUCAUAUCAACUAGAAGAUAUCUGCAUUAUGUACAAGAGGCAUUAGAAAAUGGUGCAUUGUUAGAGAUACCAUGUUUAUAUACUCAUAACGACUUGAAAUCUCUUGUAACAUUUUCCAAACUGGAAUUGAGGAAUAUAGGCUUACUUGAUGGCUCGCAAUCUAGUAAAUGGAUGUCAAGCAAACGUUAUACAAAUGAUUUUGAGUUUGAAGUUGAAGGUAUUUUAGACUAUGUUAGUGUAAAAAAUGUUCAAUUCUAUUAUAUUAAAUGGAAAAAUUGGGAUGAUACCUAUAAUACUUGGGAACCAGCUAAAAAUCUCCUAAAAUGCAAACAUUUAAUCAAUAAAUUUAAUUAUACACGAACUCAUAAUUCUUCAUCUCCAUAUGAAAAAAUCUUAUUUUUUUUUAAUAAAAAUAAAAUAGAUAGAUUUAAAAAUAUUAUGAUAAAUCCAAGGACACACCAAAUAUACUCAUAUAAUGAUGUCAAAAUAUUAUUAAAUCUGCCAUCAAAUUAUCCUACUCAACUUGAUAAAUUACACAAAUUUGUUAAAUUUCAAAAUGCUCUAAAAGAAUGGGAAAUUUACAUAAAUAAUAUUAUAGGUUAUAAUCAAAUAAUAGUUGAAAAUAAUAUUGAUAACUCUUAUCCUCCAAAAAAUUUUACUUUUAUAAAUGAUUAUAUUCCUGGGGAAAAUGUAUUUAUAUCAGAUGAUCCUCCAAUUGGAUGUACAUGUCAAAACAAUUGUCAACCCAUAUUAGAAAUUGACAAUAAACCAUGUGUAAGAAGUUUUCCACAAAAGUUAUCUGGUUGGAAAAGAAAUAAAGUGUGUUGCAGUUCUAUGUCAGGAUAUAAUUUUCCAUAUAAUAAACAUGGGAGAAUCAUAUUAAAAGCAGGAAUUCCCAUAUAUGAAUGCAAUAAAUUAUGUAAAUGUGAUCCUCAUUUAUGUCGAUUCAGGGUUGUACAAAAAGGAAAUUCGAAAUUUAAAUUUUCUAUUUUUAAGACUGAUGAUAAUCGAGGAUGGGGUGUCAAAACAUUACAAAGAAUAUAUAAAAACACAUUUGUUAUGGAAUAUAUUGGAGAAAUAAUCACUAAUGAAGAGGCAGAAAAAAGAGGACAAAUUUAUGAUUCAAAUGGCAUAACCUAUCUUUUUGAUUUAGAUUUCUGUGAUCAAGAUAAUGCUUUUACAGUUGAUGCUGGUUAUUAUGGAAAUAUAUCACAUUUCGUUAAUCAUUCAUGUGACCCAAAUUUGGUCGUAUAUGCAGUAUAUAUUAACAAUUUGGAUAUAAGAUUACCGAGAAUUGCUCUAUUCGCCCGCAAAGAUAUACUUAAAGGGGAAGAAUUGACAUUUGAUUAUCUUAAUUCAGCCAACAAUAAUUUUCAAUCUGAAAAAGGCUUUAUUACUAAAUCUCCUUCAAAUAGAAUUAAUAAAGCGAUGGCUAAACAUCAUUACUACUUUAUGGACCUCAAUUACGCUAAUAUUUCAUUAAAUCGUUAUGUUUCUCCUGCCCAUAAUCUAGACCUUCUAACUCCACCUUCCUCACUCGUAUCCAAAGAUUCAAUGUCAAACGAAAAUAGUGAAUCAUUGAUAUUGGAAGACAUUAAACCAGACAUUGAGUUGCUGAAAGCCGAAGUGGCCAAUAAAAUGAUUAACUUGGAAGACACUCCUCCAGAUACGGUCAUAGAAAAGGAGGCAUUUACAGACCAUUCUUUGAAUAACUCAUUAAUUCUAUACCCCAAUGAUAUUUUAUUAAACGCACCAAUUUCUAAUGCCUUGAAACGACCUUCUCCUUCCGACUUCAUUCCUAAUGGUAACUCCAAUAAACGUUCAUAUGAUAACAAAAAUAUUAUCUACGAGAAAUUGAAUCAAUUCCCCGAACAAAAAAAUUCAAAGUCACGACCAAAUAGGUCUAUAAAAGCACCUCGUUGCAACGAAUCAUACAAAAAAGCGGCAUCUCUUAGAAUAGCAUGCAAAUGCAAGUCUAUAAAUUGUAGAAAAUACAUUUUUUAACAAGUAUCAAGAUUUAUUUAAGGAAAUAUAUUAUACGUCUUAUAAAAAUCUUUAAAACCAAUUUAGAAAAAAAAAGUUUUUUACUUACAAUAUAUUGUGUUUUUCUGAAUUAUUAUCAUAAUAUUAAGGCUUUCACAAAUCUACUAAAUUUGUAUAAAAAAAUCAAUGCACCAAAGUUAUUUAAAUCUUAUCAGAAAUUUUUUUUUUCCGUAUCCUUAUAUCUCAUUAGGAAUCCCAGAAGUAAAUAAAAUAGUUAUAGAUUAUUUAAUUUUUUCCCGCUAAUCAUGAAACGAACUACUAAUUGUAUGUAUAUUUUUGAGCAAAAUUAUUCAUUUUUUAAAAAUUAUUUAUAUAAAUUUUUA